AUGUAUCAGUACCUUCUUUUCGCAUCCCUGCUUGGAUUAGGAAAAUCCGGUAUUAUAGACACUGGUAGCCUCGGAGAUUGGCAACACGCUUUAUCGCUCGAGGGAGGAGGCGGAGGAGACUGGCAACAAGCUCUAUCUCACGGGGGAGGUGGCAGCCAAGGUCUUGACGAUGGCCAAGGACACGGUUCUCCUGAUGGUUCUAUCGGAGGUGAUUUCCACCAUGGUGUCAGUCUAGUAAGCAUAGGAGGAGGAGGUGGUGGCAAAGCAUCCGUCUUCGAUUUGACCAAUCAUGGAAACGAUGCUCACCAAGGAUCCUUCGGCGGAAGUUUUGUAGCGUCCAGUAAAUACAGUGCAGCUGGUCAUGGCGACGGAGGACACGGGGGCCAAGGAGGCGGUGGUGGUGGUGGCGGCGGUUACGGAGUCUCAGAAGGAACCGGCUUCGCUGAACAUUACACCUCAAUAUUGGGAGCCAGUGAAGACGUUCAUUCUGGAGGAUCUCCUGGAGGACAUGAGGGCUUAUCCGCUUACCACGGAAGUAUCGGGGGUGGGGAUGAAUUUGGAAGUUACCAUUGAUGACUGAGUUACAGAUUUAUUGUUGAUUUUGUUUUUGUACAUAUUUUGUUGAUUUUUUUAUUUUAAAUAAAAAUUUUUUAUAAGAAUCUUGUAUUAAUUCUAUAAGAUCUUCAUUCAAAAUUACUAAAAUGGGCGGUAAGUAUACAAAAUCGCAAAUUUAUAAUACAUGGUAUUUCCAAAAAGUUCAAAUGAAG